AUGCAAAAAAUGGUGGUGGGGAGGAGAGCGGCAUGGGGAGGAGAGCAGCAUGGGGAGGAGAGCAGCAUGGGGAAGAGAGCAGCAUGGGGAGGAGAGCGGCAUGGGGAGGAGAGCGGCAUGGGGAGGAGAGCGGCAUGGGGAGGAGAGCGGCAUGGGGAGGAGAGCGGCAUGGGGAGGAGAGCGGCAUGGGGAGGAGAGCGGCAUGGGGAGGAGAGCGGCAUGGGGAGGAGAGCGGCAUGGGGAGGAGAGCGGCAUGGGGAGGAGAGCGGCAUGGGGAGGAGAGCGGCAUGGGGAGGAGAGCGGCAUGGGGAGGAGAGCGGCAUGGGGAGGAGAGCGGCAUGGGGAGGAGAGCGGCAUGGGGAGGAGAGCGGCAUGGGGAGGAGAGCGGCAUGGGGAGGAGAGCGGCAUGGGGAGGAGAGCGGCAUGGGGAGGAGAGCGGCAUGGGGAGGAGAGCGGCAUGGGGAGGAGAGCGGCAUGGGGAGGAGAGCGGCAUGGGGAGGAGAGCGGCAUGGGGAGGAGAGCGGCAUGGGGAGGAGAGCGGCAUGGGGAGGAGAGCGGCAUGGGGAGGAGAGCGGCAUGGGGAGGAGAGCGGCAUGGGGAGGAGAGCGGCAUGGGGAGGAGAGCGGCAUGGGGAGGAGAGCGGCAUGGGGAGGAGAGCGGCAUGGGGAGGAGAGCGGCAUGGGGAGGAGAGCGGCAUGGGGAGGAGAGCGGCAUGGGGAGGAGAGCGGCAUGGGGAGGAGAGCGGCAUGGGGAGGAGAGCGGCAUGGGGAGGAGAGCGGCAUGGGGAGGAGAGCGGCAUGGGGAGGAGAGCGGCAUGGGGAGGAGAGCGGCAUGGGGAGGAGAGCGGCAUGGGGAGGAGAGCGGCAUGGGGAGGAGAGCGGCAUGGGGAGGAGAGCGGCAUGGGGAGGAGAGCGGCAUGGGGAGGAGAGCGGCAUGGGGAGGAGAGCGGCAUGGGGAGGAGAGCGGCAUGGGGAGGAGAGCGGCAUGGGGAGGAGAGCGGCAUGGGGAGGAGAGCGGCAUGGGGAGGAGAGCGGCAUGGGGAGGAGAGCGGCAUGGGGAGGAGAGCGGCAUGGGGAGGAGAGCGGCAUGGGGAGGAGAGCGGCAUGGGGAGGAGAGCGGCAUGGGGAGGAGAGCGGCAUGGGGAGGAGAGCGGCAUGGGGAGGAGAGCGGCAUGGGGAGGAGAGCGGCAUGGGGAGGAGAGCGGCAUGGGGAGGAGAGCGGCAUGGGGAGGAGAGCGGCAUGGGGAGGAGAGCGGCAUGGGGAGGAGAGCGGCAUGGGGAGGAGAGCGGCAUGGGGAGGAGAGCGGCAUGGGGAGGAGAGCGGCAUGGGGAGGAGAGCGGCAUGGGGAGGAGAGCGGCAUGGGGAGGAGAGCGGCAUGGGGAGGAGAGCGGCAUGGGGAGGAGAGCGGCAUGGGGAGGAGAGCGGCAUGGGGAGGAGAGCGGCAUGGGGAGGAGAGCGGCAUGGGGAGGAGAGCGGCAUGGGGAGGAGAGCGGCAUGGGGAGGAGAGCGGCAUGGGGAGGAGAGCGGCAUGGGGAGGAGAGCGGCAUGGGGAGGAGAGCGGCAUGGGGAGGAGAGCGGCAUGGGGAGGAGAGCGGCAUGGGGAGGAGAGCGGCAUGGGGAGGAGAGCGGCAUGGGGAGGAGAGCGGCAUGGGGAGGAGAGGGGGGGCAUGGGGAGGAGAGCGGCAUGGGGAGGAGAGCAGCAUGGGGAGGAGAGCAGCAUGGGGAGGAGAGCAGCAUGGGGAGGAGAGCAGCAUGGGGAGGAGAGCGGCAUGGGGAGGAGAGCGGCAUGGGGAGGAGAGCGGCAUGGGGAGGAGAGCGGCAUGGGGAGGAGAGGAGGGGAGGAGAGCGGCAUGGGGAGGAGAGCGGCAUGGGGAGGAGAGCGGCAUGGGGAGGAGAGCGGCAUGGGGAGGAGAGCGGCAUGGGGAGGAGAGCGGCAUGGGGAGGAGAGCGGCAUGGGGAGGAGAGCGGCAUGGGGGGAGAGCGGCAUGGGGAGGAGAGCGGCAUGGGGAGGAGAGCGGCAUGGGGAGGAGAGCGGCAUGGGGAGGAGAGCGGCAUGGGGAGGAGAGCGGCAUGGGGAGGAGAGCGGCAUGGGGAGGAGAGCGGCAUGGGGAGGAGAGCGGCAUGGGGAGGAGAGCGGCAUGGGGAGGAGAGCGGCAUGGGGAGGAGAGCGGCAUGGGGAGGAGAGCGGCAUGGGGAGGAGAGCGGCAUGGGGAGGAGAGCGGCAUGGGGAGGAGAGCGGCAUGGGGAGGAGAGCGGCAUGGGGAGGAGAGCGGCAUGGGGAGGAGAGCGGCAUGGGGAGGAGAGCGGCAUGGGGAGGAGAGCGGCAUGGGGAGGAGAGCGGCAUGGGGAGGAGAGCGGCAUGGGGAGGAGAGCGGCAUGGGGAGGAGAGCGGCAUGGGGAGGAGAGCGGCAUGGGGAGGAGAGCGGCAUGGGGAGGAGAGCGGCAUGGGGAGGAGAGCGGCAUGGGGAGGAGAGCGGCAUGGGGAGGAGAGCGGCAUGGGGAGGAGAGCGGCAUGGGGAGGAGAGCGGCAUGGGGAGGAGAGCGGCAUGGGGAGGAGAGCGGCAUGGGGAGGAGAGCGGCAUGGGGAGGAGAGCGGCAUGGGGAGGAGAGCGGCAUGGGGAGGAGAGCGGCAUGGGGAGGAGAGCGGCAUGGGGAGGAGAGCGGCAUGGGGAGGAGAGCGGCAUGGGGAGGAGAGCGGCAUGGGGAGGAGAGCGGCAUGGGGAGGAGAGCGGCAUGGGGAGGAGAGCGGCAUGGGGAGGAGAGCGGCAUGGGGAGGAGAGCGGCAUGGGGAGGAGAGCGGCAUGGGGAGGAGAGCGGCAUGGGGAGGAGAGCGGCAUGGGGAGGAGAGCGGCAUGGGGAGGAGAGCGGCAUGGGGAGGAGAGCGGCAUGGGGAGGAGAGCGGCAUGGGGAGGAGAGCGGCAUGGGGAGGAGAGCGGCAUGGGGAGGAGAGCGGCAUGGGGAGGAGAGCGGCAUGGGGAGGAGAGCGGCAUGGGGAGGAGAGCGGCAUGGGGAGGAGAGCGGCAUGGGGAGGAGAGCGGCAUGGGGAGGAGAGCGGCAUGGGGAGGAGAGCGGCAUGGGGAGGAGAGCGGCAUGGGGAGGAGAGCGGCAUGGGGAGGAGAGCGGCAUGGGGAGGAGAGCGGCAUGGGGAGGAGAGCGGCAUGGGGAGGAGAGCGGCAUGGGAGGAGAGCGGCAUGGGGAGGAGAGCGGCAUGGGGAGGAGAGCGGCAUGGGGAGGAGAGCGGCAUGGGGAGGAGAGCGGCAUGGGGAGGAGAGCGGCAUGGGGAGGAGAGCGGCAUGCGGCAUGGGGAGGAGAGCGGCAUGGGGAGGAGAGCGGCAUGGGGAGGAGAGCGGCAUGGGGAGGAGAGGGGAGGAGGUGCAGGGGGAGGAGGUGCAGGGGGAGGAGGUGCAGGGGGAGGAGGUGCAGGGGGAGGAGGUGCAGGGGGAGAAGGUGCAGGGGGAGGAGGUGCAGGGGGAGGAGGUGCAGGGGGAGGAGGUCCAGGGGGAGAAGGUGCAGGGGGAGGAGGUGCAGGGGGAGGAGGUGCAGGGGGAGGAGGUGCAGGGGGAGGAGGAGCAGGACAGUGGUGAGAGCACAGGAGAAGACGGGUAUAAGGACAACAGGGCAUACGGGCAUAGGGGUAAAGGUACAAGCGGCACAGGGGCAAACGAGCAUAAGGGCAAACGAGCAUAA